AUGGUCAGAAACUUGAUCGUCUCAGCGGCUUUCCUCGCAAUUGCCGUCUCGCAAUGCCCAAGCGACUUCACUCAGUUCAACAACAAGUGUUACAAGGUAUUCAAUUACAACAGUUUGACAUGGGCACAAGCCGAUGGAUCAUGCCAAGAUUACGGUGGACAUCUCGCAUCGAUUCACGACAAUGCGACUGACAAUUUUUUGAUUGACUAUGCUCGUCAAGUCGGAGUUCGCACGGCCGCGUGGAUUGGAGUGAGAAAUCGAGGAUCGGGGCCGUCAUGGAGUGAUUCCACGGCGCUCGACUUCAAGAAUUUUGCUCCCGCUCAAGAUGAUCCACCAAUUUGCUAUGCUUUCUCGGCUGUUGCCUUUUACUAUCCGGGACAAUGGAUUCCCCAGUCCUGCGAUGCAUUAAUGGCUUACAUCUGUCAAGCGGAUUUCAGUCCAUCCGUGGCUGCCUCCACUGUUAAUCCAUUCACCUGUGGACAACCCAACUAUUAUGGAAAUAAUGGAACGAUCCAAUCACCCGGCUAUCCCCAAGUCUUCCACAAAGUCGAUUGCACAUGGCAAAUCAGCGUCUUCAACAACUAUGCAAACAUCGAAUUCCCUCCAAUCAAAGCAUUGGCCUAUUGGUACCUUGAGAUCUACGCUGGAAACACUCGUGACACUCUUCUUUAUACAACCACCAGCUUCAGUCCAUUCAAUACAACCCUCAAGCUCUCAUCGAAUAAUCCACAAAUGAUGAUCCGAAUCAUGACCGAAGACAAUGAUGAUGUCAAUCCCUUUGAGAUCCAUUACUCGGGAACUGAUUCUCCUCUCUACAUCAACCCGACCCCGCCCUCAAUGAUCAAGUCAAGAGCAAAUCGACUCCAC